AUAAUGUUAGUAAAUAAUUGCGGAACCGAGGUCGAAUAUUUUUGUGUUCCGUCCUAGUUUCAAAAAGUGUAUAUUAUUUGUUAAUAAAAAUUAUUUAUUGUUAGUUAUGAGUCAUCUUCGAAAAGCCGUUUUAGGACGUAACGUCAAGCGCGUAGGGUUAGCCCCAAACCAUGAUUUUAAUCCUGUGAAGUGGUCUCAGUAUUUUGAUACAGAAGAGACUGUAGAAACAGAAAAUGGGACGUUUCAUAUUUACAAAAAAGGGGCUUCCGGCCCCGCUGUUGUAUGUUUGCAUGGGGGCGGUUAUUCUGGGUUAACUUGGGCGUUGUUUGCCGUGGAAGUUACAAGUACUAUUGAAUGUCAAGUUAUAGCAAUAGAUCUUCGAGGUCAUGGGAACACUAAAACUCAGGAUGAUGGGGACCUUUCACUGGAUACAAUGGCGCAGGACGUUGUAGACGUACUAAACAAGUUAUUUAUGGGAGAUGAGCCCCCUGUAGUAUUAAUAGGCCAUAGCAUGGGUGGUGCAGUAGCUGUACAAUGCUCAUAUUUACUCCAAUCAGCUGUAGGCUUAUGUGUGAUAGACGUAGUUGAAGGAACUGCUCUAGACGCUUUAUCUUCAAUGCAAAGCAUUUUAAGAGGAAGACCAGGCACUUUCAAAAGUGUACAACAUGCAAUACAGUGGUGUUAUAGAGGUGGCCAGACUCAUAAUAUUGAAGCAGCCAAAGUAUCCAUGCCUGGACAAAUAAUCAAUAUACAAUCUGGGAAACUGGCAGCUAAUGAAUAUGAUACCUUAGAACUAGUAACUCCGCCUGAGUUGUCUGCGCCUUCUAGAAAAGAAGUAGUUCCACCCCCUGCGACAAUAGUAGAAGUAGAAGAAGACGAUGAAGUAAAUUGUACAGACUGCGGCAAACCGCCUCUUCCUAAAACCGCAAAAACUGACAGCUUGCCACCCGACGAAGGUCCGAAGUACACGUGGCGGAUAGAUCUUAGCCAAACCGAGCCCUUCUGGUCUGGGUGGUUUAAAGGGCUGUCGCAGAAAUUUUUAGAUAUGCGCAUUCCUAAGUUACUUCUGCUUGCAAAUAUACAUGGGCUUGACACGGCACUCACAGUUGGCCAGAUGCAAGGCAAGUUUCAGUUACAAGUAUUGACGAAAUCUGGUCAUGCUAUUCACGAGGACCAACCUCAUCAUGUAGCGGAGAUUAUUGGUGGGUAUUUAGUUAAACAAAAACUCGCCAGUGCUAAAGGAGAGUUAGUUUGUCCCUUGCCUGGUUGUUAAUUUUGCAAUGAACAAGUUUAUUUUGCUGUAUUCAAACAAAUGUUCAAUAAAAAUAUAUUCUUAG